AUGUCGCGACACAGGCGGGUCUCGUGCCGGCAGCCCAGCGGGGCCAGGGGGGGCUCGGCUGCCUCCGCCGCGGUGCGCGCCCGGGCCGAGGCCCUCAGGGAGGUCGUCGUGGACGAGGAGGUGGAGAUUGCGGUGCAGCUCGCCCUGGAGCGGUUCCGGAGCGGGGACGAGGCGGAGUUGGAAUUUCCUUCUAGUUUCACUAGUACUGAAAGAGCAUUUGUUCGCCGGCGCUGUCAGUCUCUUGGACUGGUACCUAAAAGCAAAGGAAAAGGAGCCAAUCGAUACCUGACUGCAAGGAAGAAGGAUGUGUCAGAACUGACGCAUGCAGUCAUGACUUGUGACUUGGCUCUCCGUACAAGACACAUUGUUUGGAGUGUAAUUGAGAGCUUUCCUGUCACAAAUAAGGAACACACAGAACUCCUGCCAAGGUCAGAGCGAGGAAAUACCUGUGCUGUUGAAUCUGAAAACAAAGAAGUGAACAAGAGAAGUUGUCGACUUAAUGAUGGUAUCCCCCAGAUCCCAGUGAAAAGAGGGGAAUCAGAGUUUGAUUCCUUCAGGCAAUCACUACCAGUUUUUGAAAAACAGGAAGAAAUCGUCCAAAUAAUAAAGGACAAUAAAAUCGUUUUGAUUAUAGGAGAGACUGGAUCAGGAAAAACUACUCAAAUCCCUCAGUUUAUCCUUGAUGACUGCUGCAAGAAUGGAACUCCCUGUCGUGUGUUUUGUACCCAGCCAAGACGUUUAGCAGCUGUUGCUGCGGCUGAAAGGGUUGCAGCAGAAAGAAAAGAGAAGAUUGGCCAGACGAUUGGUUACCAGAUCCGCUUAGAAAGCAGGGUUUCUCCAAAGACACUGGUAACAUUCUGCACUAAUGACAUGCUCCUUGGCACGCUGAUGGCAGGAGACAGCACCCUCUCCACCGUGACUCAUGUUAUUGUGGAUGAAGUACAUGAGAGGGAUAGGUUUAGCGACUUCUUGCUAAUAAAACUGAGAGAUGUGCUGCAAAACCAGCCUAAUUUAAAGCUAAUUAUUUCUAGUGCUGCUCUAGAUGCAAAUCUCUUUAUUAGAUAUUUUGGAAGCUGCCCAGUAAUACAUAUCCAAGGAAGAGCUUUUGAAGUUAAAGAGAUGUUUCUGGAGGACAUUUUACGAAGCACUGGGUAUACAAACAAAGAGAUGGUAAAGUACAAAAAUGAGAAGCACCAAGAAGAGAAGCAGAAGAACACUCUCGCUGAGUGGUGUUCAGCUGAAGAAAACACUCACAAACUGGCAUCUCGGAGACAAAAAUUGAUUCCAAAGGCAAAUGAAGAGUACAAAUGGUUGGAUGAUGGUGGUGACACAGUAUUUAAUCAACUCAUGGAGAAAGAUGUGAAUUGCCUUGAACCAUGGAUAGUAAAAGAAAUGGAUUCCUGUCUUUCUGACAUCUGGUUACAUAAAGAUAUUGAUUCCUUUGCUCACGUGUUCCAUCUUAUUUUAACUGAAAAUGUCAGUGUUGAUUAUAGGCACAGUGAAACCGGUGCAACUGCUCUGAUGAUUUCUUCAGGGAGAGGCUUUUUGAGUCAAAUAGAACAGCUGAUCAGCAUGGGAGCAAGUAUCCACUUCAAAUCAUCCAAUGGCUGGAUGGCUGUGGACUGGGCUAGGCAUUUUGGACAAACAGAGGUUAUUGAUCUAUUGGAAUCCUACAGUGCUUCAUUCGGAUUUGGAAAUCUGGAUGAAAGUUCCCUGGUCCAAAACAGCGGUAGUGACCUUAGAGCAGAGGACAGAGAGCUACUGACAGCUUAUCAUCACAGUUUUGAUGAUGAAAAAGUGGAUCUGGAUCUGAUAAUGCACUUACUUCACACCAUCUGUCAUAGUUGUGGUGCAGGAGCAAUUUUAAUAUUUCUUCCUGGAUACGAUGAGAUAGUGAGCCUGAGGGAUCGCAUUCUUUUUGAUGACAAAAAAUUUGCUGAUAAUGCUCACAGAUACCGAGUUUUCUUGCUUCAUUCAAGUGUGCAGACUUUGGAUCAGAAGAAAGUGCUUGAAACUCCACCUUCUGGCAUCCGCAAAAUUAUUCUUUCUACUAAUAUUGCAGAAACAAGCAUAACGGUCAGUGAUGUUGUGUUUGUCAUUGACUCAGGCAAGGUGAAAGAGAUGUCUUUUGAUCCACGGAGUCGUGUUACAAUGCUAAAAAUGGGGUGGAUUUCAAAAGCCAGCGCUAUCCAGAGGAAAGGAAGGGCUGGGCGCUGUCAGCCUGGAGUCUGUUUUCGUCUCUUCAGCAGGCUCCGAUUUCAGAAUAUGUUAGAAUUUCAGUCUCCAGAGCUUCUAAGAAUUCCACUUCAGGAGAUUUGUUUGUACACAAAACUUCUGGCUCCAACUAAUUGUCCAGUUAUAGACUUUCUUAUGAGAGCUCCUGAUCCUCCACCUGCUGUAACUGUGAGAAAUGCUGUACAUAUGCUUAAGACCAUAGAUGCCAUGGACCCUUGGGAAGAUCUCACUGAGCUUGGUUAUCAUCUCACUGAAUUACCUGUAGAGCCACACCUCGGUAAAAUGGUGUUGUAUGCUGUAGUUCUGAAGUGCCUGGAUCCUGUUCUGACCAUUGCCUGUGCUCUUGCCUGCCAAGACCCUUUUGUGCUGCCCAUGCUGGCCUCCCAAAAGCGUGCAGCCAUGCUGUGCAGGAAGCGUUUUGCUGCAGGGACGUUCAGUGACCACAUGGCCCUGCUCAGGGCUUUCCAGGCUUGGCAGAAGGCACGCAGUGACGGCUGGGAGAGAACCUUCUGUGAAAAGAACUUCCUAUCCCAAGCCACAAUGGAAAUCAUCGUAGGAAUGAGAACACAGUUGCUUGGCCAGCUUAGAGCCUCAGGUUUUGUGAGAGCCAGAGGAGGAGCUGAUAUUAGAGAUGUCAAUACUAACUCUGAGAACUGGGCUGUAAUUAAAGCUGCCUUAGUGGCUGGCAUGUAUCCCAAUCUUGUUCAUAUAGACAGAGAAAGCCUGGUGUUGACUGAACCAAAGGAGAAGAAAGUGCGAUUUCAUCCUACCUCUGUUCUUGGUCAGUCUCAGUAUAAAAAGGAAUCGCAGUGUACAAAGGAGGUGAUGCUGCUUUAG